AUGGAGGUGGCAAAUAUUGGCUGGUCGGCCAGCAACCGACUGCUCGUGCACGUCUCAGACGCUCAUGAUAUAAGCUCUGGUGGCAAAGGGGACACCAGCGAUACCGGCUAUGUCACAGCUCGCAGGACCCGGCACGCGGCUAUUUUACGGCGGCUCCGAAAGGAAUGCGGCGUGCAGCUAUACUAUCUUGCGUAUUUCAACCAAAGCACCCAGCAGCUGGUUGAGGAGCUCCGUCACGAGUGUGGUAAGGAGGCUGGAUCUGGGUGGCUGGUUUCGGAGCAAUUGGACGCGCCGGAGGCGCUGCCCACCAAGGUGGCGGAGCUCUUGGUGGACCUGCUAAAUACGGCGGGAAGCAGCAACCAGCAGACCGCCGCCGCUGCGGGGGCCGUGGAGGGCGGUGCCAAUGAGGAGGCGGUCUUGGUGCAGGUUCCCCAACGACACAAGCUACUGCAGCCCGGCAGGGCGUGGGUUCCUCGACCGCAGAGGCGGGUGCAAAAUCGAAGUCGCCGUGAGAGCCAUCGGUCGUCUCUGGCCGCUAGCCAUGCAUCUAGCACCAUGGGUGCCAGACCUCUCAGGAGCAGCCCAAUGCCAGAGCUGGAAGCCCGUAGAAGUAGCCGAGGCUCCAUCUACAGGAGCCCGAAAGCGCUGUCGGCGGCGUCUGACGCCCCUGGGACCAGCUCAGGGCCGCUCAGGAAGGGCAAUCGUGCGGAAGGGCCUGGACAGGGUGGAGAAGGCGCCGGAGGAGGUCUGACCCCAGCCGGUCCGAGCAGAGCGCCGUCGGAGGCCGGCUCAUCGCCUUACAAGGCUACUGAGCUCGGAUGGAGUCCUUUGGAAACCGGUCCCGGCCGUAGCUCGAGUCGCAAUAGCGCCACCGGGGCAUCAUCGAAUGGCUGCACCAGUCGAAAACACAGUGGGCGUGUGGCAUCGGGUGCAUCGACCAGCCGGAUGGCGCAUGCGCCCGUGAGCGGCACCGCGGCCAUCGCGGUGGCCGGAGGCUCAUCCAGCCAGGGCUCCUGCGCGCAUAGGAGCGGACUGCCGUUGGAGGGGUCUGGCGUGGCGAGUACGAGCACCGACGCUAUUGGUGCUGGGGGAGAUCAUCUUCCGGUCACCCUGGGUGGCGUUAUGGAGCGGAGCGGGCCGUUCGGCUCCAGCCAGCGGAUUCCAGUGGUACAGCAGACUCAGAAGGUCAUUGCCCCAAGCAGCACAUCGGCUGUGACACCGCUGCUGCCCUGGUCGGCCCGUGCGUUGAAGGACUUCAAGGCCGAGAUGCGGGCUGCUUGCUUCAUGUUGCUGGACCCCGCCGACGACCCGCUGACUGGCCGACUGGAUUCAGUGUUCGCCUUGCCUCCGGAGUUGUGGCCUGUGCUGCCUGCUGGUGCGCUGUACUGCCUGGAGGCCGCCGACCCACGGGCCACUUUCCAGUACAUGCAGCACCGUAGCUUCCCGACGACCAAGGUACGUUUGUCCACGUACUUUGGCAAGUGGGGUCGACAUCUGGUUGACUUCGUUGUUUCGUGGCAGCCUACUCCGCGCGCUGAGGCGGCCUGGCAGCUGGAGGGAGGAAAGCAGCCGCCAUUGCCCUGGGAGCAGAGGCAGGUGGUGGCGCACACGACCAACGGCGAGUACCAGUACGCCAACACCCGCAUGCGCUUCCGCGGGCCCAAGUCCACCGAGCCCGAUUCGGGGCUUGUGGAGUACUGCGACGCGCACGGAGUGGACCUCUUGGAUACCAAGGCCGCCAACGAGACCGCCCCACGCAACAGUGACAAGGACCGCGAGGCGCACCUGGUCGACCCGCCCCGUCCCAACACCUGGGGAGAGCUGGCCAGACGGCCGCUGAUCAGCAACCUGCGCAGCCGCGGAGAUCUUCGCACCAGCUGUGGUCGCCGCGUCCCCUCCGGCUACUUCUUCACGCUAGUCCCCACCGCGCUCAGCAUCCCGCCAGAUGGACCUGGGGGCCCGACCCGUAGCCGGCCCUCCUCUGCCGGCCGCGCCUUCUCCGCGGCACGUCAGACGUGCAGCCUCACCUCCACGACCAGCUCCGCCUCCGCUGCAACCGCCGCCACCGCCACCACCUCAGUCGCCCCAAGCACAACCCUCGCGCCUAAGGACCGUUGGCGAACUUACGACGUGCCGUUCAAGCACCCAAUUCAUUCGACGCGGGCGCAGGAGCUGGGCGCGCAGGAGGCGAGGGCGUCGGGGCGGGGCGUGCGUACGUUUAGCGACUCCGCCGCCGUCAUCAAGGCGAGCACGUGUGUACGGCAGAUGGUCGGGUUGAUCUCCGAGCAGGAGCUCCGCCUCCCCCGCGCCUUUGUCCCCGGCCCCGUGGUGGUUCCCCGCUGGGAGGACAUUCCCCGGCUGUAUGCGGAACACAUGGAGGCGGCCAGGGGCCUUAUGCCGGUCACUGAACUGGACAUGUACGGCAGCUCCAAGCUGCACAUGCUGAUCUACCACCUGCAGUGCGCCGCGACGCUAGAGUACGACAGGCUGGACGCCAAGUUGCUCCUACUGCCCCAGAUGGCCCGCCUGGGUUGUAAGAGUGUGGAGAUCGAUGCAUGGCUGCAGGCCAUUAUAGAACACGCGUCAUACUUGUACGACAAGUUACGAAUUUACGAUACAUCGAUCUGGGCCGUCAGCGAGCAGAGCUCCAAGCCGUGGCCGCUGCGAAGCAGCCUUGCAGCGGCGACGACGCUGCUGCCUCCGCCGCCAGCGGCCACCGCCACUGCCCCUGGGCAUCGCGAAGGCUGGGUGUUCCCUGAUCCGCUAAAGGACACAGCGCACGCAUCGUGCAGCGCUGUGAAUGCAGCGGCCCAGCCCCGGCCGGAGCUACGUGAGCAGAGGGUGCCCGUGCAGCGGGUCACGCAGGCAGAGUGGUCGGCAGUCGCGAGGGUCAUGCGACCCACCCGCCAUGCCACCCUGUACACGACCUGGGUGCGCUUGAGGCCGCUGAUGACGGGCAUGAAGACUGGCGGCGGCGGCGGCGGUUGUGGUGGCGGCGGUGGCGACGGCGGCGCCUCAGCUUCGCACAGCCACGCGGGUAGCAUGAUUUCUGCGCCAUCAGAUGCGGGCGCCACCGCCGCUGGUCUUGACGACGGCAUGCCGACAGCAGUAAUGUACGACCCGUACAGUCACGGCGCAGUCAACCGAGAGGUGCUAGAAUAUCUGCCCAAGGACCUGGAGGCCAUGUCCUCCCCCGACUACGUGGCCCCCGUCCCCGCCACCGGCAAGAAGAUCAAGCAGCGCGGCUACCGGGGCGAGGGCCCGCUGCCGCCGGAGCUGGUGGCCGAGAUGCCCACCGUGCACCGGCCGGUGAGGUGCAGGGGGGCGGAUGAGACACCGCUGCCGCCCGAGCUCCAGAAAAUGGACUUGUGGAAUGUCAAGAACAAGGCGGAGCAGGCUUCCCCCCGGGCCCCUCAUCCCUCCGGGGACACCGGGGCUGUGAGGACGAGCCAGGUCGCGGUGCACCGGCUACAGAUGGCCAAGGAGUUCGCCGCAACGCGUCAGGCGGCUGUACGGAAGUCCAUGCAGCUGGCAAAAGGUGUGACGCCGUUUGAUGAGCCCGAUGCGCCGUACUACGGCUCCGACGUAGCCGAGGAUGAAGACUCAUGGACAGAUCUGAUCUCCAGCCGGCCAGCUACUGCGACCCAGACCGCUGAUGAUUUGGGCCAGUCGACCCCUGAGGACGCUGCCCAUGUGAGGGAGCGGGAGAGGGCAGCUGCUGAGGCGGCCGAGGCACGGAGGCGGCUGCUGUCUAACGGGCCAUUCAAGGGCCGCGAGCAGGUGAAGUUGGGGAAAGGGCUAAGCAGGGCCGCAGGUCUGCGCGGCGUUGCCACUCCCAUCUCCGAGCCCGAUAACCUGCGCUUCCUCUUUAUGGGCGAGGAGCCGCGCGAUGUGACAGAGGCCUACCAGCCACCCCCUCUGGAGCAUGGCCACCCAGAGGUCCUUUCCAACCAGUGGUUCAAGCACACGGGCAGCUUCUCCUCUACUCAUGCACACACGGACAAUGGCCCGGAGCCGUUCAGUCUGGAGAAGUUGAUGCGAGACCCCAAUGACCGCGGCUCGGAUAUCGACUCGGGAGUGGACGCCAUUCCGCUCAUCGACCUUCCCACGGCCAAGGGCAGUAUCUUUGGCGGGCCUCCCAUCCCCGGUUUCCUGGGCCUUGCGGAUUACGAAAUGGCGCUGGCGCGUCGGCGGGCUAUCGCGGGCGCCGAGGUGGUGCAGAUGCGCACAAACGUAAUCCCCAAACAGGACGUCUUCAACCUCUUGGUGGUGUACUGCAACUUAGAGCGCUACCCCGAGCAGCUGGCGAUCCUCCAAGAGGCCAUCAGUGCCCCGGUGUCUAAAACAGCAAUCACCGCUACGGCACGUGCUAUCGCAGCCAGGAACACAGGUGUAGGACCGGCCGCCGCCGCGGCCGCCGCCGCCGCAGCUACCACCGCAGCGCGUCAGGUGGAUCUGGAGGCGGAGGCGGAGCGGCAACGUAUAAAAGCCACUGCAUGGGUGCUUGGGGUGACCUGGCGGCGCAUCACCAACGAGACCUACACCUCCUUCCUGUGCCGGGUGCUGGGAUGGCCGGCGGAUGUGGUGGUUGCCAUGCACCGCACCAGAGCCGCACACCUCAUCGCGCGCGCGCUAGUUCGUGGCCAUGACAUGGGCUCCGUUUCCAAGCCCCCUCCACCACGCGAGCGCUGA